GGGGAAAAAAAAGUUGGCUGCACGGAGAAGUUAAAUCACGGAAAAGAUAUGUGUUGCUGCUUAAUCUAGACUGCAGAGGAGGAUCAGUGAGAGCAGGAAGGAGCGCAGCCUCAGGAAUACUUCAGCCCUUUUUGUUCGUCUUUCUCAAAGAGAUAUGGAGGGAGCCAUUCAGACGUUGGUGACCACGUUUCUGAGUUCUGCCAGGGGGAAGGAGAACCUCGACGGGAAAAGCUUCAAGAAGAUGGUACAGAAACAGCUCGGCAGCCUCAUGGAGGAUACAAACAGUGCCUCUGCCAUUAAGGAGAUGCAGCAGGGGCUGGAUGAGAACAACGAUGGAAAGGUCAGCUUCCAGGAAUACCUCACUCUGAUUGGCUACUUGGCCAACUCCCUGAGCCAGAGCAAGACUGGAUCCAGUACCCAGGAGGCAUCGUAGAUACUCAAGAAGAUGAUUCUGAUUCCGUUUCUGAGCUUUUAAGCAUUUUUCAUCAUUGCCAAACAUUGCAGCCAUCAUGUAUUCAUUACUACGCAGCAGUCCAUAAUCGUUUUACCGAGUUUAUCAACCAGAUGUGUAAUUCUCUGACUUACAUCUCAAUAUCUGUCCAGAUCCAUCUUACUCAUCUCCACUGAAGUAUUCUUUUUAUACCAGUUACAUAAAAGAUGCUUAUUGUGUUUUCAAAUAAACUCUUUAUAUUAAAACUGUA